AUGACAAUCCAAUCACAGCAACAGUCCCAGGCCAUUCCUGUCCUGACCUCCCAGAACGGCAGCAAGCCUCAAGACGCAAACAAGGAGGUCGUUCAGAACGUUGCCGCCAAGGGAAUAGAAUACUUCAACCCUGAACAGCUUCCUGCACCCGGCCUCGGUCUGAAUGGUCCCAAUGAUACGCUGCCAAAGGUCUUUACACCCAUCAAGAUUCGCAGCAUGACCAUGCCCAACCGUGUUUGGGUCAGCCCUAUGUGCCAGUACAGUGCUCGUGACGGCUUUCAGCAGCCUUGGCACUUUGCUCACUACGGUGGACUGGCCCAGCGUGGGCCUGGUCUCAUCAUGUUGGAAGCUACCGCUGUGCAAGCACGGGGCCGUAUCACACCUGAAGAUUCUGGCAUCUGGCUCGACUCUCACGUUGAGGGGCUGCGAAAGCACGUCGAGUUUGCCCACGCCAACAACUCCCUUAUUGGCAUCCAGAUUGGUCACGCUGGUCGCAAGGCGUCCUGCGUUGCUCCUUGGUUAGACGCUGGACUUGCUGCUGAAAAGGCUGCUGGUGGAUGGCCUGAUGAUGUGGUGGGUCCUAGUAACGAGCCAUUUGCCCCUGGUUACCCUAUUCCUCGUGCUAUCACCCUCGAAGAAAUUGAGCAAUUGAAGGAGGGCUUUGUUUCUGGUGUUCGUCGAGCGGUCAAAGCAGGGUUUGAUGCCAUCAACUUCCAUUUUGCUCACGGUUACCUUGUUUCGAGCUUCCUUUCUCCUGCCACCAACAGGCGCACCGACAAGUACGGAGGUAGUUUCGAGAACCGAGUCCGACUUGCCCUCGAGAUCGUGGAGGCUGCUAGAGCUGUUAUGCCCGAAGAUAUGCCCUUGUUCACUCGCAUCAGUGGCACUGACUGGUUGGAGAAUAACCCCGAGUACGAGGGAGAGACUUGGACUCUCGAUCAGAGCAUCAAGCUUGCACACCUGUUGGCGGAUCGAGGCGUCGAUGUUCUUGAUGUUUUCAGUGGUGGUAUUCACAAGAUGCAAAAGGUUGCUGCUGGUCCUGGUUAUCAGGCACCUUUUGCCAAGGCCAUCAAGAAGUCAGUUGGAGACAAGAUGUUCAUCAGCACUGUCGGCAGCAUCAAGACAGGCACACUCGCAGAGGAGAUCAUCGCCGGUGGAGAGGAUGAUACGCCAUUGGACCUUGUGGCUGCGGGUCGUCUUUUCCAGAAGAACACUGGACUUGUUUGGUCAUGGGCUGAUGAUCUGAACACUUCCAUCCAGAUCGCCCAUCAGAUCGCGUGGGGCUUCGGCGGCAGAGCCAAGAAAACCGCCCCAAAGCUUGUCCUCUAA